GGCGCUGGCGGGAGCUCGCGGCUGGCAGUAUCUGCACGCGCUCGCGGAGCCUCUGCCUUCGCGGAGUGUCCGAGAGGUGUGAAGCCGUAGAGCACAACCCGGGACUGCGGCGCCGAGCGCAGCGAAGGAGCCGGUGCACGCAGCGUCGGCCCACAAAGGUCCCCUAGGCUCCUCGGCACGCCCUUCAGCCGCGCUCCAUGCUCCGGCCGCGGCCGGGCCAGUCGCCCCGUCGCUGACGGCGCCCGCCGCCCCGGGCAGCACCGAUGCACGGCGCGCUCCGGGAGUCGUAGGCUGCAGCUGCGCCGCGGCUCCGGGACCGGCGGGGUUGCUGCAGCCGUGGGGGGCGUCAAUGGAUCGCCAUUCCAGCUACAUCUUCAUCUGGCUGCAGCUCGAACUCUGCGCCAUGGCCGUGCUGCUCACCAAAGGUGAAAUCAGAUGCUACUGUGAUGCUGCCCAUUGCGUGGCCACUGGCUAUAUGUGUAAAUCUGAGCUAAGCGCCUGCUUCUCUAGACUUCUUGAUCCUCAGAACACAAAUUCCCCACUCACCCAUGGCUGCCUGGACUCUCUUGCAAGCACAGCAGACAUCUGCCAAGCCAAACAGGCACAAAACCACUCUGGCACCGCCAUGCCCACAUUGGAAUGCUGUCAUGAAGAUAUGUGCAAUUACAGAGGGCUGCAUGACGUUCUUUCUCCUCCCAAGGGGGAGGUCUCAGGACAAGGAAACCGGUAUCAGCAUGACGGUAGCAGAAAUCUCAUCACCAAGGUGCAGGAGCUGACUUCUUCCAAAGAGUUGUGGUUCCGGGCCGCUGUGAUUGCUGUUCCCAUCGCUGGAGGGCUGAUUUUAGUGUUGCUUAUUAUGUUGGCCUUGAGGAUGCUUCGAAGUGAAAACAAGAGACUGCAGGACCAGCGGCAACAGAUGCUGUCCCGUUUGCACUACAGCUUCCAUGGACACCAUUCCAAAAAGGGGCAGGUUGCAAAAUUGGAUUUGGAAUGCAUGGUACCAGUGAGUGGGCACGAGAACUGCUGUCUGACCUGUGAUAAAAUGAGACAAGCAGACCUCAGCAACGACAAGAUCCUCUCGCUCGUUCAUUGGGGCAUGUACAGUGGGCACGGGAAGCUGGAGUUCGUAUGACUGCGUCUUAUCUGAACUGAGCUUCUUGGACGCUUGAAGGCCUUUCAGUUCUGCUGGACAGGAGCACUUUAUCUGAAGAAAAACAAACUCAUGUAAUCAUCUUUGAGAGACAAAAUGACCUCUGCAAACAGAAUCUUGGAUGUUUCUUCUGAAGGAUUAUUUGCACAGACUUAACGUACAGUCAAAUGUAUUAUUUGCUUUGAAAUUAUGAAAAAGCAAAGAGAAGAAGACUAUGUACAUACACACUGUUACCAGGGUGAUGUGCAUCUGAGGGAGCUGGGAUGAGCACCUAAAUAAACCCAAAUGUGCUCUGUGUCAGCUCCUACAUCUGGAUUUAUUGUAAAGAUUUUAACAAAUAUAUAUAUAUUUUUUGUCUGAAAUUUAGUAGUGUCUUGUCAUAAAUUAAAAACUAAGUGGGAAGUGUAAAAAACUACAUGUUGAUUAUACAAAUGAAGAUCUGUUACUCCCGAUAGGGUCUUACUAGGAUUUGGCUUGAUUUUUCUUUAAAAAACAAAAACACAAGAUCAAGCUCUUGUUUAUUCUUACAUGCGCAUGUGUAAUUUUCUUACAGUGUGUAGACUAUCUUAACUGUAAUUCCCAUCGUUCAGUGUCUUAUCCACAGUUUUUGUUUGGAUCAUUCCGGUUUUUAGCUUUCAUCCAAGAGAAAUCUUAAAUGUAUUUAUACCAGGUCAGAUAUGAUUGAUCAGUUUCUGAAGUUGCCUUAGCAAAGGUACUGUUAUUUAUCAACUUGAUCCAGUUGCUCUGGAAUACUUUUUAAAUGUCUACCUCCAAGCCAGGAAGAAAAAACAUAAACGAAAGUUUUUUUUUUUUUUUGGUUUUUUUUGGUAGUUAAAGUUAGUCACUGUCUGUCUACUUCUACUGUUGACUCUGUCUCAAACCAAAUUAAAUAUUUUGGACCCCAUGUUAGCCAUACUUUAUUGUACUGUGCUCCCAGUUUUCAAAACUUCCUUCAACACAGUAUUAUACUAAUAUUUUAUUUUAUUCUUCUCAAUUUUUAGAAAGGUUUU